CUCUCUCUCUCUCUCUCUCUCUCUCUUUCAAUAUCCUCUUCCAAAAACAGUCUCUCUCUUUCUCUCUUUCCCUCUUUCCCUCAUAUUCUCCUUAACUCUUGUCUCAGGUUUUCUUUCACUUACCACUAUAUAUUAUUAUGCUCAACAACAAUAUCACUACACAAACUUCAAUUCACGAAUUCCCUCCCUUUUAUCCACUCUGUCCUCACCCUUUUCCUUGCCAUGUAAAGGCUGUUUCUUUCUUGUACAGUUAACUGGUUACGCAUACUACUCGUUAUACGAGUCUUUUCUCUCUUUAUCCCUCUAUUAAUUCCAAAAAACAAAAAACAAAAAACACUUCAAAUGACCUAAAAGUAUUUUCAUUUUUAUAUCAAAGAUUCUUGCACUGUUGCAUUAUUAUUUUGUUUUCUUCGUGCUUCCUGUGUCUUUGCUCCGCAUAUAUAUUUGUUUCUUGCUUGGUUUUGUUUAUAGCAAUUCCACGAAAGAUUCUGCAAACUUAUUCUACAUGCAGAGAAAAUUAGUCGAUAAAUUCAAUUUGGGAUAUAGUUUUUAUCGUCAAUUGAAGGACUAGUUCUUGCAAACCAAUAUUCGCAACAGAGUUCUUAUCUUUUAUUUAUUCACAACAAUGGCUCCCCGAACUGGAAAGGCCAAGCCUCAUAAAGCAAAAGGAGAGAAGAAGAAGAAGGAAGAAAAAGUUUUGCCCACAGUCGUUGAAGCCACCGUUGAAAUGCCAGACGACUCUCAAGUGACUCUCAAGGGCAUCUCUACGGACAGGAUCUUAGAUGUAAGAAAGCUUCUUGGGGUGCAUGUCGAGACGUGCCAUUUGACCAAUUUCUCCUUAUCUCACGAGGUACGGGGACCCAGACUCAAAGAUUCGGUGGACAUCAUCUCUCUCAAACCCUGCCACCUCACCAUUAUCGAAGAGGACUACACCGAAGAUCUUUCCAUAGCUCACAUUCGCCGUCUCCUCGACAUCGUCGCCUGCACCACCUCAUUUGGGGCCUCCUCCACUUCUCCGACCAAACCAGCGGGUCGAAUCGGAAAUUCAAAGGAGUCCGGUUCAAAAGAGAUCUCUUCGACCGAGACAAGAGGAGAUAACAAGAAAAGCGUGAACAAGAGCGGGAAUGAUGAUUGUACGGACGCGAUGGAGAAAGCCGAUGCGGAGGUUUCCAUGUGUCCGCCACCGCGGCUUGGCCAGUUUUAUGACUUCUUUUCUUUCUCGCACCUCACGCCGCCGGUUCAAUAUAUCAGGAGAUCAAAUCGGUCUUUCGUUGAAGAUAAAACGGAAGAUGAUUACUUCCAGAUAGACGUUAGGGUUUGCAGUGGGAAGCCAAUGACAAUUGUGGCUUCGCGAAAAGGAUUUUAUCCAGCUGGAAAACGCCUUCUUCUUUGCCACUCCUUGGUUAGUUUGUUGCAGCAGAUUAGCAGAGUUUUUGAUGCUGCAUACAAAGCUCUUAUGAAAGCUUUCACUGAGCAUAAUAAAUUUGGUAAUCUUCCUUAUGGGUUUCGAGCGAACACGUGGGUUGUUCCACCGGUUGUUGCUGAUAAUCCGUCUGGUUUUCCACCACUUCCUGUGGAGGAUGAGAAUUGGGGAGGUAAUGGAGGAGGACAAGGAAGAGAUGGGAAACAUGAUUACAGGCCAUGGGCGAAGCAGUUUGCGAUUCUGGCAGCAAUGCCUUGUAAAACAUCAGAAGAGAGGCAAAUCCGGGACAGGAAAGCCUUUCUACUUCAUAGUUUAUUUGUCGACAUUUCUGUUUUCAAAGCUGUUGCAGCAAUCAAGCAUAUCGUUGACAGUAAUCAGUGCUUUUUAAGUGAUCUUGGGAAGUCGGUUUGGCACGAGGAAAGAGUUGGAGAUUUAAUUAUUAUUGUUAUGAGAGAUGCGUCUGAUGCUAGCACCAAGUUGGAUUGUAAAAAUGAUGGGUGUCUGGUUCUUGGAGUGUCACAGGAAGAGCUUGCUCAGAGAAAUUUACUUAAGGGCAUAACUGCCGAUGAAAGUGCAACUGUUCAUGAUACUCCCACUUUAGGUGUUGUGGUUGUUCAACAUUGUGGCUUCACAGCUGUUGUUAAAGUUUCUUCUGAGGUGAACUGGGAGGGGAAUCGUAUUCCCCAGGACAUUUCCAUAGAGGAUCAGCCUGACGGAGGCGCCAAUGCCUUAAAUGUUAAUAGCUUGAGAAUGCUAUUGCAUAAUUCAUCUACGCCUCAAUCAUCUAGUACCCCCCAACGACUACAGGGUGGAGAUCAUGAAAGUUUACGCUCUGCCAGGUCUUUGGUGCGGAAAAUACUAGAGGAUAGUUUGUUGAAGCUGCAGGAAGAAUCCAGUAACUGCACGAAGUCUAUCAGAUGGGAGCUAGGAGCAUGUUGGAUUCAACACUUGCAAAAUCAGGCUUCAGGGAAAGCUGAGGCUAAGAAAACUGAAGAAACUAAGCCUGAGCCUGCUGUCAAGGGGCUUGGAAAGCAAGGUGCAUUACUACGGGAGAUAAAGAAGAAAACAGAUGUCAGAAACAGCAAAACUGAAGAGGGAAAAGAUGUUUCUUCUGGUACCAACCUUGACACGAGCAAGAAAUCUGAUAGCACUAAUCAGAAAGAAUCGGAGAAAAUGGAUGAGAAAAUGGAAGUCAUGUGGAAAAAGCUGCUUCCUGAAGCAGCAUAUCUGCGACUUAAAGAAUCAGAAACCGGUCUUCAUCUGAAGACGCCUGAUGAGUUGAUUGAAAUGGCACAUAAAUACUAUGCUGACAUUGCUCUUCCAAAACUGGUGGCAGAUUUUGGCUCCCUGGAACUUUCACCAGUUGAUGGAAGAACAUUGACAGAUUUUAUGCAUACUCGGGGUUUGCAGAUGUGCUCUUUGGGGCAUGUGGUUGAACUUGCAGACAAGCUCCCUCAUGUCCAAUCACUCUGUAUACAUGAAAUGAUUGUCCGAGCCUUCAAACACAUAUUACAAGCUGUUGUUGCAUCAGUUAACAAUGUUGCUGACUUGGCUGUUUGCAUUGCAUCAUGUCUAAAUAUAUUGUUAGGAACGCCUUCAACUGAAAAUGAAGACUCGGAUAUUAUAAAUGAUGAGAAACUAAAGUGGAAGUGGGUGGAAACCUUCCUUGCAAAAAGGUUUGGGUGGCGGUGGAAGCAUGAGAACUGCCAGGAUCUAAGGAAGUUUGCCAUUCUUCGUGGGCUGUCCCACAAGGUUGGCCUUGAGCUUCUUCCUAGGGACUAUGAUAUGGACAAUGCAUCUCCUUUCAAGAAGUCUGAUAUUAUAAGCAUGGUCCCUGUAUACAAGCAUGUUGCAUGUUCAUCUGCGGAUGGACGUACACUGCUAGAAUCAUCCAAAACUUCCUUAGAUAAGGGUAAAUUGGAGGAUGCUGUUAACUAUGGAACUAAGGCUCUGUCGAAACUCGUGUCAGUCUGUGGCCCUUUCCAUCGAAUGACUGCAGGAGCAUAUAGUCUUUUGGCUGUAGUGCUCUACCAUACUGGGGAUUUUAAUCAGGCUACCAUUUAUCAACAAAAAGCGUUGGAUAUUAAUGAGAAGGAGCUCGGACUUGAUCAUCCUGAUACAAUGAAAAGUUAUGGGGAUCUAGCUGUCUUCUACUACCGUCUUCAACACACAGAAUUAGCCUUGAAGUAUGUCAAUCGUGCGCUGUAUCUUUUGCAUCUAACAUGCGGGCCAUCUCAUCCAAAUACUGCUGCCACAUAUAUCAAUGUUGCAAUGAUGGAAGAAGGAUUAGGGAACGUGCAUGUUGCUCUUAGAUAUCUUCAUGAGGCUCUCAAGUGUAACCAGAGACUCCUUGGAGCGGAUCAUAUACAGACUGCUGCCAGCUACCAUGCCAUAGCAAUUGCUCUAUCAUUGAUGGAAGCUUACUCCUUAAGUGUUCAGCAUGAGCAGACCACACUGCAAAUACUGCAGGCCAAACUUGGAUCUGAGGAUCUACGGACACAGGAUGCAGCUGCGUGGCUUGAAUAUUUUGAGUCAAAGGCUCUGGAACAGCAAGAAGCUGCACGCAACGGUACUCCAAAGCCAGAUGCCUCAAUUUCCAGUAAAGGUCAUUUAAGUGUAUCAGACCUUUUGGAUUAUAUAACACCGGAUGCAGAUAUGAAAGCAAGAGAAGCUCAAAAGAAAGCUCGUGCAAAGUUUAAAGGCAAACCAGGCCAGAAUGAGGACACAGUCUCAGAUGAAUACCCAAAGGAUGGAAUUUUGUCACCCACUUAUCCUGUUGCAGAGAACUCAAGUGAUAAAGAAAACAAAUCUGAAACACAAUUCGUAGAGCCUAGGACUGAUAAAUCUGAUUUAGGUCUUCCAGAUGAAUCAUUAUUGAAGAGUGAUGAUAUGACACUAGAUGACAACUCAGAAGAGGGAUGGCAAGAAGCUGUUCCUAAAGGCCGUUCACCUACAAGUCGCAAAUCUUCUGGUUCAAGGAGGCCAAGCCUAGCAAAAUUAAAUACUAACUUUAUGAAUGUACCUCAGUCAUCAAGAUUCCGAGGAAAACCUAGCAAUUUUGCAUCCCCUAAAACAUCGCCAAAUGAUCCUGCUGCUUCCAAUGCAAUGACAGUUCCAGUUCCUAAAAAGUUUGUUAAGAGUGCCAGCUUCGGUCCAAAAGUAAAUAACUCUGGCGCCUCAACUGGUGGAGCAGAGAAAUCAAGUAAUGCUAAAUCAGCCCCAGCUACCCCUGCCUCAACUGAGCAAGCUGCCAAAGCAGCUCCAAUAGCAAGUCCAAUCAGUGUUCAGGCAGCUGGAAAAAUGUUUUCCUAUAAAGAAGUUGCUUUGGCUCCUCCUGGGACAAUUGUGAAGGCAGUAGCAGAACAGUUGCCAAAAGGAAACCCUACAAAGGAACCAAGUCCUCAGGGAAGCCAUGAGACAGCUGCAACUGAUGUCAAAUCAGAAGGGGUGACAGCAUUAAAAGCUGUGGAGGUAGGAAAACUUCAGAAACCUGAAGGAGAGAGACAGCUUACAGCUUCAGAGGGAAUGAAAAGUCCUGUUGAUCAAGAGAGAGAAACAGGAGGGGUUUUGGUGGCGACAGAGAAACUUGAAGAAAUAAAAUCUGCUGAUGAGGAUCACAUAGAUACAGAAGAUGGAGGUGCCGAAAUUAAAGUAGUUACUGUUAAAGAUACUACCGCAGAAGCUGAAAAUAUUUCAGACUUGGGUCAUGAGAAUUUGGAUGCUUCCAAGGAUUCAAACACCAUGUCUUCCCCAACUGAAGUGCCUGAUACAAGAUCAUCAGAUGGUUUCCCUGCAGCUUGCCCUGAUCUGAAACCUCAAUCUACUUCAAUUGACAAGGCUGGUUUGUUGGAAAAAGAUGCUUCCAGCACAAAUGAAAAGGUAGAAGAUGAGAAUACUCCAGAUCUUUCUAAUGACAAUACAAAUGCUAAGCUAUUGUCAACUGGUGGAGUAAAGCAAGAUGAUGCGGAAACUGGUAAGGAGGCGACCAAGAAACUUUCUGCAGCUGCACCACCAUUUAAUCCAUCCAUAAUUCCAGUUUUCAGCUCAGUUACUGUCCCAGGAUUCAAAGAUCACGGAGGACUUCUUCCUCCACCUGUAAAUAUUCCUCCAAUGCUUACUGUCAAUCCUGUUCGUAGAUCACCUCAUCAAUCAGCUACAGCUCGGGUUCCAUAUGGUCCGAGGUUGUCUGGUGGCUAUAACAAAUCUGGAAAUCGGGUUCCACGUAACAAGCCGAGCUUCCACAACGGUGAGCAUACAGGGGAUGGGAAUCAUUUCAGCCCUCCUAGAAUCAUGAACCCACAUGCAGCUGAAUUUGUGCCUUGCCAACCUUGGGUUCCCAGUGGCUAUUCAUUGCAACACAAUGGCUAUAUGGCUACCACAAAUGGUAUGCCAGUAUCUCCAAAUGGCUAUCCCAUUUCCCCAACCAGCAUUCUUGUGUCACCAAAUGGAUAUCCAGCAUCGUUGAAUGGUAUUGAAGUGACUCAAAAUGGGUUUCCAGCCUCUCUAGUCGGUUCAGAAGAAACACCCACGUCAGUUUCUGUAGAUGUUGGUGGUGAAAACAAGAGUAAGGGUGCAGCAGAAAAUGGUACUGAAAAUUCUGAGAUUGAAGUAGGAGUUGAAAACCAUUCAAGUGAUUAUGAACAUCAAAAAGAUCGAGAAGAAAACGUAAAUCCUGAAAUAGGAGAGAAGCCUGCAGAGGUCGCGGUGACUAGUGAUACUGUUGUAGCAAAAGAAACUUGUGAUAGCUUGCCAACUGAGGAGAAACCAAGCAAGUGUUGGGCAGAUUACAGCGACAACGAAGCCGAGAUCGUUGAGGUUGCAAGUUGAAAAAAGUUGUGAACUUUUCAGAGUUGGAAAGUGAUCUGCUUGCGAAGAGGCUGUAGCAAUGAAAGAGAGAAGAGAAGCAAUAAGCAAGCAACAACUGAAUGCCCCUGUAAUGAGUGGGAAAGAGCAUUGUUGCUGAGUCUGACAUAGUCAUCUAUCUCGGGAAUGUGUAUAUUUUCAUAUACCGUUUGGUUUUAUUGCAACGAGGGAGGAGAAUCGGUGAACCAGCAUGCAAAAGACAUGCGAUGAUCAUUGAAGGAACCCAGUUAUUUAGAGGCGAGCUCGUGUCAUUUAUUUUAUUUUUUUGGCUAAUUUCCCCGUUAUAUCUUUUUGUUGUUGUGAAAUUCAAACACCAUAACCUUGGAGGAUUUAUACUUUCCAAGUUGUAUCUUAGGGAUGAUACACUAUCAAAGGUACGCAGAAAUAAAGUCAAAAGUAACUUGCAUGCA